CAAGAGCAAGUCCUGUGGGCAGAUAGAGUCUAUAUAUAUCAAUCCGAUUUGCACAAGCGGACUCAGCAGGUCUCGAUAAUGAAUAUUAUCUACCGCCGCGCUAGCCGUGUUUUGACCUACACCGGUCCUGCAACAAAAAAUAGCAACCAAGCGCUUGAUUUCAUUAAAGAGCUUGGAGAACAAAUUCGGACUUGGGAGGGGAAAAGAGCCGAUAUGACCUUUCCUCCCACGAAUGACUCAAGAUGGACAGCACUCUGCGAGUUCUUCGAGCGACCAUGGCCAAGCCGAUUGUGGAUUGCCCAAGAGACACUGCUAAGCCGAUCUGUGCCAAUUUUACUCUGCGGUCGCCGAGAGGUCUGCUGGUACAUGGUCUUGGAGCUGGUGCUGCUCGCCCAUGAUGGCUAUUUUCCAUUCGUCAUCCGCCACAGUGAUACCGAUUCUGCCUCUUCUCUUCUGUGGCUCGGCGAACUCAGAUUGGCUGCAUGCAAGACCGUUGUUCGGAGGAAUAUCUCUCUUACGCAGUUGCUUAGAGCCUGUCGGGCUCAGCAGUGUACGAAGACAAUGGCAUAAAGUAUCGGGAAUACAGGGCAUUGGGAGACUUUCAGGCUCUCCAGCGUACAGAUCAAGGUAGCAAACUCGCUAUAAGACCCUAUAUUUCCAGGCCCUUCCCUAAUCAUAGGCAUUUACGCCUUCGACAAGGGGUACCACACCUUUUCAGGGCUUCUCCCCUGUACUUAUAAGGGAGUCUUUGCUAAAGAGACCUAU